UACCGGCUCUGCUGGCAGGACGUCUUCGACUACGAGGGCGUGCCGCACCCGAGCCGGUGGGAGUACCAGUGCGACGCGAACGACUGGAUCCACGACGAGCGCCACUGCGAGGCCCAGUGGUACACGGACAAGCUCGACAACGCCUGCGUCCGCGACGGGCGCCUGCGCAUCAUCGCGCGCCUCGAGCGGUCCCACGGCUGCCGCUACACGUCCGCGCGGCUUCGCACGAAGCACCGGGGAGACUGGCUCUACGGCCGCGUCGAGGUCCGCGCGCGGCUGCCGCCGAGCCGGCGGGGCUUGUGGCCCGCGAUCUGGAUGCUGCCCACGGACGACGCCUUCGGGGGCUGGCCCCACAGCGGCGAGAUCGACAUCAUGGAGCACGUCGGCUGGGAGCAGGACGGCCUCAUCCACGCGGCGGCCCACAGUACGAAGCACAACCCCUGCGUGGGCCACCAGCGGUCCCAGUCCAAGCUCGUGCCGACGGCGCACCGGGGGUUCCACACCUACGCCAUGAACUGGACGCCGAAGGCGCUCGAGAUCUUCGUCGACAACGGUUUGGCGCUCCGCGUCGAGGACAAGGGCCGCGGGCCCGGCGACUGGCCCUACUCGAAGCGCUUCCACCUGCUCCUGAAUCUGGCCAUCGGCGGCUGGGGCGGCCAGUACGGCAUCGACGACACCGCGUUCCCGGCCUGCCUCGAGGUCGACAGCGUCCGCGUCUUCCAGCGGUCCUGGCGCGAGUCGGAACCCGAGCAGUAA